AUGGCGGCCGUCCAUCCAGCCAUUGGCUCGCAUAUGAUGCAGAGCCGACUUUCGCCCCCAAUAUCCGGCGUCGGUGCGCUUCAACGCCAACCAGUCGACAUUCCUGAUGAUGUGCGAGACGCCAUUCGAGCUUACCACGAGGCCACCGCGCAGUUCACUGCGAUGUUGAUCAGAGUGCCGCACUCCACCAUCCACGACACCGACAACAUUCACCGUGAUGGCUUGAUCGCAGCGCUAGCAUCCGCCCGCCGCGACCUUUGCCGUGUUGACGACAAUACUCAUGUCGCUCUUCUCCUGCGGUACAAGCGGUCUUAUGUUGCGGCUGCGGACGCGAGAGCAAGAUUUGCCCGCAGGAUCCCGAUUGAUUCAAAUUUGAUCACUACAAUUCGGGAAGCCUACUUCAGCCGUAGAACAGCGAAUGAAUUCUACAGCUCACAAGCAGUUGGUCGCGAUAGAACGACCGAAAAGCACCAGGAGCUCAAUGAGGUCUUUUACCAGAUCGCCAUGAGGCUUCGGAACAGUACGCCGGUCACUUCGCAAAUUCUCCCGAGCAUUGAUGUAACAGUCACUCCGGCUGCUGCGCCUCUCCUUAUGGCCCCAACACAGGAGGUGUCGCCUUCGAUCACGCUAGAAUCGAAUCUUGAGAACACUCCUACUCAAAUCGAGGCCGAUCCUACAGAUCUUGCGGCACCAUCGCUCACAGUCACCGCCGAAGCCCACAUCGAUACGGAAGGAGAUACAGUCGUCUCGGUUGAGGAGACAGUGUCCUCGAUCACACAGCAGCCUGAGCUUGAAGUUGAUGCCUCCACGAUCCAUAUUGAUGCUACAACUCCCUCCUUGCUGACGGACAUCCCCGCUGGACCUCAAGACUCUCCUCAUUCAACGAACGACAAAAUUACCAAUGUUCCCGCAUCGAUUCCCAGUCCAGCCACGGCGGCCGAUCUCCCUGGCUCUUCCACUCUGAGCAUUGCACCGCUGGGAGCUGUCAUCACUCCACCAGACAGGCUUCUUGAGGGCCCUCGGGCUUUCCUAGAAGAAUGUGUCCCGCAGUUUCUGAUCAUCCAGCUCAACACUCAUCCUCAACUCCGUGGCCACUUGGAGACCAUCAGCGCAGUCCUACGUCACGCGCUACCUGACCUUUUACGGUGCAGAUUCGGUGAAACUUCAGCUGUCAGCGAGUGUGUGGAAGUGGUGCCGUCUUUGCUGUCGGAGAACACCGUACUUGAGGCUACAACCCAUUCUCCAGAAGUACAAGUGGUGCAGGAGUCUGAGCGGACGACUGAGACUGUGCUUCAAGAAACCACGGUGGGCGAGAGUAUUGUCCCCUCGUCAGCCGUGCAAGCAACAGCACAUGCGAUUAACGCCACUCUGCCUGAAGCUGUGAUCGUGGAGCAAACCGCUUCACCGGUGUCAGCGCUACAAGUGCCUCCGUUACCCCCAGCGAGAGCAGUGGAGCCCAAGAACUGGGCGUACAUGACUUUGCGAGAAGCGAAUCAGCUUUACCACAGAGCCAGUGUCGUGGUGGGUGAGCAGCUCCGCCUCUGGGGCAACGAGGACUACUACAAUCACUUCCUGGCCGAGGACAUGAGGACAAUGCCAUCGUCGAAAUUCAAGGAGCUGGCAAGAGACUCUCUUGCUUUACGUCGACGCCAGCUCGCUGUCACAUGCAAACGGCGCAUGGAGCUAGUGACUCAGCUGAUCUCGACCGACGCACGAACUACAUUUUCGCUGAAGUACCCGCACUACCACCUCACACAUCACUUCUUCUGCGUAGUGCAUAUUGCUGCUGCGCUUUUACAGCGUGCAAUCUGCGCAUGGCACGAUACCGUUGUUGAGAUCACCGCAAUGCUCAUUGAUGUCCCACGAGACGCCUGGUGCCCGAUCGCCCGACGUGCACUGUCCAAUGUCCUCGAUCCUGAUCGCCAGCUCUCGGGGAUCGACGGGACUACCUUCAUCGCAACUCUGCUCUCAUACUGGGAGACAUACGUCCGUGCCGCCAAACACCGAGCUCGGAACGAAAACUCAUUUCCCAUCGACACGAAGCUGCUACGCACCAUCCGGAAAGUUGUGGCCUGCCCCAUCAUGACGGGCCGCUUCUUCAACUCCCAUCGUGGUCCUGCCGUUGUUCACCACGUCUAUAAUGAUGGCAACAUUAUGCUCUUCGAAGUUGCAGAAAUACUGUCUGCGGGGCGCCACGGUUACUCACCAGAGCCGUCGGACACCUCGCCUGCUUCCAACUCAGAUGCAAGCGCAAGUGGCAGUGAGCAGGAUUGGAAUGCUGAAGCGAAACACGACAGCUGCUUGUCGCCUACUAGGUCAGGAGCAGAGAGCCAAAUGUCCUGGAGCCCAGCAUCCGCGGCCGGAGGUACGUUGGCUGAUGCGGCGGCUUCUCCACCAUCGCGAUCAUGGAACGACUCGACCAGCUCACCGCAGUCACAAUUCUGGAUCGACAUAAGCGAGCUGGAAGCUCAAGCCAAACUUCUACGGUUGCAAGCCGCAGAACUGGAUGCUUUGUUAUCUCAUCAGCUUUCCGCAGCUGGAGCCGAACACAAGGAUCCGCCAGAACAGCCCACCAUAUUCAGUCAAUCGGAACCGCCGCAAGGCCCGGACACAAUGCCAUUUCCCGCUGAUGAUGAAUUCUUAGCAUACUUGAACUCACUGAGCCCAAAGGACCUCCAUACUGAGUACAAAGAUGCUAGCAAUGAGGCAGGAAGCCAGCUUCGUCAAUGGGGGGACCCGAUUUAUGCCCGGGACUUCUCAGCAUUGGGGGAGGCCCAAAUGCCAGCUCGCAAGUACCCAGAAUUGGCACUCGCUGUGCGCACUCUGUAUGGGCCCGUGAUCUUCGAAGACCCUCGUUUCGACGCUCUCCUCGAGAAUCUGGACGAUGCGAUCUUAGGACGCUGGGUGGCGAUGGGUCGGUACCAAGAGCGAAAUCCUCGGAAUAACAGGCCUGGCUCUAAGGGUGCUCGUCAUCUGGAGUUCUAUACGACAUUGCUAAAUGCCCGGGACCACUUGUGGCGGGAUUGA